GUUUGGAGUGAGGUUUCCCUGCACGUCGGACGCUUACGAGCAAGAUCUGCUCGGCCUGGCCAUGGAGAGCGUGCAGGAGCUGGGCUUCCUGAGCUUUGUCCGAGAGGGAGUGUACUGCCUGCUCUCCGGUCCCUCCUACGAAACCAUCGCCGAGUGCCGCGUGCUGCAGGCGCUGGGGGCCGACACCGUAGGCAUGAGUACUGUCCCAGAAGUGAUCGUGGCCAGGCACUGCGGGCUCCGAGUCCUUGGGAUCUCGCUGAUCACCAACAAAGUGGUGAUGAGCUACAGCAGCCAAGAGAAAGCCAACCACGAGGAAGUGCUGCGCAUCUCGGUGGUCCGGGCUGAAGCCCUGCAGAAACUGGUCACACACCUCCUCGGCAAGCUCGGGGAAAGCACAAACUCUCCGUGA